GGAUCCUGGAUCCAUCUGGAAGAUCUGGAAGAAAUCUGGAAGAAAGCCCAAGCAUAUACAGGGAAAACAUGCAAACCUCACACGGAUAGCCCUGUGAUCGAAGCAGUGAACUGGCGACCUUCUUGCUACUCUGACACAGAAGAAGACAACAAUGAUUCCAGUCAGACCAGGGAAUCAGGCGUGAAAGACAACCGCCGUUCAUCGUUUCUCUCUAAAAGAUCCCUCGACUGCCCGCAACGCAACCCUCACCGCAGCAGCUACACAGAAGAACAGGACAGCCCUGAGAGAGCAGUACAGAAGGAGAAACUUUAUGCUGAGCUGAAACAGGUUCUGAGUCAGAAGAGAAGUAAGUUAAAAGAGUCUACCUGCCAACUGGCCAAACCAGAGAUGGAUUCAGAUCCUACAGAAAAACAGACAAAUGUAGAGGAUCUCUCCAAGUCCAUGGAGGUUGUGGUGGAGACAGAGGCAGGGGCUGGGGCCAGUGGUUACAGUGUAACUGGAGGAGGAGAAAAAGGGAUUUUUGUUAAAGAUGUGCUCAAAGAUUCUCCUGCUGCAAAACAUCUCAGUCUACAGCAAGGUGACCAGCUGCUGAGUGCAAAGGUGUACUUCGACAACGUAAGAUAUGAGGAUGCUCUGAAGAUCCUGCAGUGCGCAGAGCCAUACAAGGUCAGCUUCCAAGUGAAGAGAACAGUUCCAGAAGCAGACGUCACAGUGCGCCCUCGAGUUCCCAGCUUGGAGGUCAAAGGUACCCAGGCCAAGGUGGCCAAAGUGAGUGUAAAGGGAACGAAGCCAUUCAAGACCAAGAAGAAAAGAGGUGGACGUUUUGGUUUGAAGAGGCUGAAAGAAAAACAUAAGGAGGAGUUGGUUAUAGAAGGGACACCUCCCCGGCUCGAGAUGAGUGAUGUGGAUGUAGAGUUUGCCCUUCCAAAAUUGAAACAAAAGUCAAGUGCAAAGGUCAAAAUAGAAGAAGAAGGAGAUGGGGUAGCUGUGGGACAAGUAAAGAAGAAGAUCAGGUUCCCCAAUUUGAAAUCAAAAGAAAGUAAAUUGAAGACAGGACAACUUGAGAUACAGGUGAAUACCUCUGCAUCUGAGCUACCUGAAGCAAAAAUACAAACAAAAGACAAGUAUGGAGUCAACAUUCCCAAAGCAAAACACAGAAAAUCAGGAUCAGUUCUAGAGGGUGAAUCUGUGGAGCUGAAAUCUCCUGAUAUAAGCAUCCAACCACCAUUACUUGAGAGAAGAACAAAGAUUAAAGUAUCUACUGAGGACACUGUAAUUUCUUCAGCCAAGACAUCCUUGCCAGUUGUAAAAGGAAAAUCCGAAAUAAAAUCACCAAAACUUGAUAUUCAAGCAGGAGGUGAUGCAGCUGUGGGAAAAGAAGGUGUAGACAAUGGUAAAGAAGAUGCAAAGCUCAGAAUUCCAAAAUUGAAAUUACCCAAAGUUAGACUCUCCCAUAAUUCAGAUCAAAUAGAUGGCGACAUCAGUUCAAAGGCUGGCGAAGUGAAAAUGCCCAGUGUUGACAUAAUACCUCCAAAACUAGAAGUCAAAGGUGAUGGAAAGAUUAAUCUACCUGAAGCCAAUAUUACAUCCCCUAACACCAAAAGUGCAUCUAUUGAAAUGUCAACAACUAUUGAUGGAAAGCCAGACACAUCAGUUUCUAUUUUAGAAUACCACAAAGCAGGAAAAAACACAAUUCAGUUUCCUACAGUUGACAUUUCUAAGGCUAAUGUUGAUUUGCAGAAGGAUAACCAACAUAGACUACCUGAUGAAUUUGAGGGGUCCUUUAAAGGUCCAAAAAUUCAACUGCAUACAGCCGGUGCCUCAUUACCAACUACAACUUUUGAUGACAUUGUUCCUUCUAUGAACAAAUCAGAUUGUGAAAAUGUGGAUAUGGAAUAUUACAUUGGAGGUAAUGGGGAAUUCAAAAUGCCAAGUUUUGACAAAAUUAUCCCAGCAUCAAAGUCACCAGAAGUUGACCUAACAUUAGAAGAAGUGAAGGGAGACAUUAAGUUGCCUAAAGCUCCAUUGCCUAAUGUAAACCUGCCCCAGGGUGAUAUAAAAGUCCAUGACAUUGGGGAAAAUGUUGAGAUACCAGAUCUUUCCAAAGGAAAGUCAUCUGGAGAAAUUAUAAUAAAACGGCCAAAACUUGAUGUUUCACUUCCAGAGAUGUCCUUACCAGGUGGCACUAUAAAUUUGGAAGGACCUCAUGUUCAGGAAAAGUACACUAUUGAUGUUUCAAAGUCUGGCAUAAAAGACAGUUUAGAAAUUGAGGGACUUACUGACACAAAGGGCAGGUUCCUUGAAAUUAAAACACCACAGCCUAAUAUUGCAUUACCAAGCAUACAUUUUGAAGAAGGGACUGUCAAAGAUAGGAAGUUCCAAAAUGUAGAUGUUGGCCUUAAAGUCCCAGAUAUUAGUGGGCAAAAGGUAAGCAUCCAACCUAUUGACAUUUCACUCCCUAAAGAAAAAGCCAGUGGUGACCUGGAUCUGAAUGCUAAACAAAGCAAAUUCAAAAUGCAAAACAUUGAUCUUUCUUUACAAAAAGGUCCAGACGUUAAGGGAAAGAUAAUAGAAAUGCCAGAUAUUGAUAUUUCUCCACAAUCCAGAACAAACAAGUUAAAAACUAAAGGCAAAGACUUAACAGCUCCAGGUGUUGAUUUAGACUUUGGUCUCAAAAAAUCAAGAGGCAAUGAUUUGGAGGUCCCACUCGUAAAAGCCCAAAAAAGCAGGCCAUCUUCAAUUGGAAGCUUUGAGCUACCUGAUGUCUCUCUAAAGAUGCCAAGUUUUACAUUUCCUCGAUUUACUUCAAAGUCAAAGGCAAAGGAUUUGUUGGUAUCCAAGCAAGGGUCCAAAGGACAUGUAUCCCUAAACAGACCACAUGUAGAAACAGAACAAUGUGUUUCUUCUCCAAAGAUGCCUGAUGUUGACGUUUCUCAAACGAAAGUAAAAUUUGAAGGUCCAAAUGUUAAACUCAAAGGAGGUGGUGGAAAAUUAAAAACAACCCAAGUUAAUAGUGCAUCAGGUGACAUUUCACUUACAAAAGGAAAAGAAAAGAUUGAAGGACCAGAAGUUAAAUUAGAAGGAGAUGCUGGUGGAAAAUUUGAAAUUCCUCACAAGAGAAUGCCAGACAUCGAUAUCUCACUACCCAAGGUAAAACUUGAAGGUCCAGAUGUAGAGCUCAAGGGAGAUGGAGACAGAAAUUUCAACUUGCCACAUCUUAGCAUGCCAUCUGUUGACAUUUCACUUCCAAAAGGAAAGGGAAAGAUUGAAGGACCAGAAGUCGAAUUAGAAGGAGAUGCUGGAGGAAAGUUUAAAAUGCCUGACAUGAAAAUGCCACAUGUUGACAUAUCUCUGCCUAAAGGAAAAAUCGAAGGCCCUGACUUGGACAUCAAGGGAGAGGGUGGCAAAUUUAAAUUGCCCGAAGUAAGCAUGCCUUCUAUUGAUGGUGGCAAAUUUAAAUUGCCCGAAGUAAGCAUGCCUUCUAUUGAUGUAUCACUUCCAAAAGGAAAAGGAAAGAUUGAAGGACCAGAUGUUGAAUUUGAAGGAGAUGCCAGUGGAAAGUUUCAAAUGCCUUACGUGAAAAUGCCAGAUAUUGAUGUCUCACUACCCAAAGCAAAAGUUGAAGGUCCAGACUUGGAGCUCAAGGGAAAAGGUGGAAAAUUCAAGAUGCCACAUCUUAGCAUGCCUUCUAUUGAUGUAUCUCUUCCAAAAGGAAAAGGAAAGAUUGAAGGACCAGAUUUUGAAUUGGAAGGAGAUGCUGGUGGAAAGUUUAAAAUGCCUGACGUGAAAAUGCCAGAUAUUGAUGUCUCGUUACCCAAAGCAAAAGUUGAAGGUCCAGACUUGGAGCUCAAGGGAAAAGGUGGAAAAUUCAAGAUGCCACAUCUUAGCAUGCCCUCUGUUGACAUUUCACUUCCAAAAGGAAAAGGGAAGAUUGAAGGAGCAGAUGUUGAAUUUGAAGGAGAUGCCAGUGGAAAGUUUCAAAUGCCUUACGUGAAAAUGCCAGAUAUUGAUGUCUCCCUACCCAAAGCAAAAGUUGAAGGUCCAGACUUGGAGCUCAAGGGAAAAGGUGGAAAAUUCAAGAUGCCACAUCUUAGCAUGCCCUCUGUUGACAUUUCACUUCCAAAAGGAAAAGGGAAGAUUGAAGGACCAGAUGUUGAUUUUGAAGGAGAUGCCAGUGGAAAGUUUCAAAGGCCUUACGUGAAAAUGCCAGAUAUUGAUGUCUCCCUACCCAAAGCAAAAGUUGAAGGUCCAGACUUGGAGCUCAAGGGAAAAGGUGGAAAAUUCAAGAUGCCACAUCUUAGCAUGCCAUCUGUUGACAUUUCACUUCCAAAAGGAAAAGGAAAGACUGAAGGACCAGAUGUUGAAUUGGAAGGAGAUGCUGGUGGAAAGUUUAAAAUGCCUGACGUGAAAAUGUCACAUGUUGACAUCUCUCUGCCUAAAGGAAAAAUCAAAGGCCCUGACUUGGAGCUAAAGGGAGAGGGUGGCAAAUUUAUUUGCCUGAAGUAAAUGCCUUCUAUUGAUGUAUCACUUCCAAAAGGAAAAGGAAAGACUGAAGGACCAGAUGUUGAAUUGGAAGGAGAUGCUGGAGGAAAGUUUAAAAUGCCUGACGUGAAAAUGUCACAUGUUGACAUCUCUCUGCCUAAAGGAAAAAUCAAAGGCCCUGACUUGGAGCUAAAGGGAGAGGGGGGCAAAUUUUAUUUGCCUGAAGUAAGCAUGCCUUCUAUUGAUGUAUCACUUCCAAAAGGAAAAGGAAAGACUGAAGGACCAGAUGUUGAAUUUGAAGGAGAUGCCAGUGGAAAGUUUCAAAUGCCUUACGUGAAAAUGCCAGAUAUUGAUGUCUCACUACCCAAAGCAAAAGUUGAAGGUCCAGACUUGGAGCUCAAGGGAAAAGGUGGAAAAUUCAAGAUGCCACAUCUUAGCAUGCCAUCUGUUGACGUUUCACUUCCAAAAGGAAAAGGGAAGAUUGAAGGAGCAGAUGUUGAAUUUGAAGGAGAUGCCAGUGGAAAGUUUCAAAGGCCUUACGUGAAAAUGCCAGAUAUUGAUGUCUCCCUACCCAAAGCAAAAGUUGAAGGUCCAGACUUGGAGCUCAAGGGAAAAGGUGGAAAAUUCAAGAUGCCACAUCUUAGCAUGCCCUCUGUUGACAUUUCACUUCCAAAAGGAAAAGGGAAGAUUGAAGGAGCAGAUGUUGAAUUUGAAGGAGAUGCCAGUGGAAAGUUUCAAAGGCCUUACGUGAAAAUGCCAGAUAUUGAUGUCUCCCUACCCAAAGCAAAAGUUGAAGGUCCAGACUUGGAGCUCAAGGGAAAAGGUGGAAAAUUCAAGAUGCCACAUCUUAGCAUGCCCUCUGUUGACAUUUCACUUCCAAAAGGAAAAGGGAAGAUUGAAGGACCAGAUGUUGAUUUUGAAGGAGAUGCCAGUGGAAAGUUUCAAAGGCCUUACGUGAAAAUGCCAGAUAUUGAUGUCUCCCUACCCAAAGCAAAAGUUGAAGGUCCAGACUUGGAGCUCAAGGGAAAAGGUGGAAAAUUCAAGAUGCCACAUCUUAGCAUGCCUUCUAUUGAUGUAUCUCUUCCAAAAGGAAAAGGAAAGAUUGAAGGACCAGAUUUUGAAUUGGAAGGAGAUGCUGGUGGAAAGUUUAAAAUGCCUUACGUGAAAAUGCCAGAUAUUGAUGUCUCGCUACCCAAAGCAAAAGUUGAAGGUCCAGACUUGGAGCUCAAGGGAAAAGGUGGAAAAUUCAAGAUGCCACAUCUUAGCAUGCCCUCUGUUGACAUUUCACUUCCAAAAGGAAAAGGAAAGACUGAAGGACCAGAUGUUGAAUUUGAAGCAGAUGCUGGUGGAAAGUUUAAAAUGCCUGACGUGAAAAUGUCACAUGUUGACAUCUCUCUGCCUAAAGGAAAAAUCAAAGGCCCUGACUUGGAGCUAAAGGGAGAGGGUGGCAAAUUUUAUUUGCCUGAAGUAAGCAUGCCUUCUAUUGAUGUAUCACUUCCAAAAGGAAAAGGAAAGACUGAAGGACCAGAUGUUGAAUUGGAAGGAGAUGCUGGUGGAAAGUUUAAAAUGCCUCACAUGAAAAUGCCAGAUAUUGAUGUCUCUCUGCCCAAAAUAAAUCUUCAGUGUCCCGAGAUGGAACUUGAAGGAGACACCCGAAAUGUUUCUGGCAUACUCUCACAUGACUCACCUCCAAAAGAUACUGACAUUACGAAGGCAAAAUUUAAAGGUCCUGUUUCAAAAGUUGGCGUGCCAAUGAUGGAUAUCAAAGGCCCCAAAGGUGAUUUAAAGAUUGAUUUAGGACUUUAUAGAGGUCACAACUCUAAAGAAAAGAAAAAAGUUGAACUACCUGACCUGCCUCCUAACAUUGUCAACACCAGCAGCAAAGUUAAAGGCCCCAAAAUCAAGGGGACAAAAUUUAACAUUGGUAUGCCCAAAAAAAAACUUGCUAAAGGUCCUUUAGCACAAGAACAGACAGGCAUUAAAGAGUUAGAUGUUCAAGCCAAACAAGAAUGCAAACUUCAAGAACCAGAAGGUGAAAGACAAGUGCCAAAGGCGACAUUACUCGACAUUAGUGUAAAUAACAUGCAAGAAUCAUCAGCAGAUACAAACGUCCUCCCUUCACCUGGUGCAGUCGCUAAAAUUCCCAUGAUUCCAGACAUUGAUUUUGACAUAGGUACAUCACUGGAUAAAAAUAAUGACCCAGAACAAGCAAAGAAAAUCAAAAUUCCAAAAUUUGGUAUCCCAUUACCUUCUAUUUCCUCUCCUGAGGACAGAAUGUAUGGGCCAGAAACUCAGUAUGAGGGCACAAAAAUGCCAAAAGUAAAAAAAGCUGUUUUUGUCUUAGUGAGUCCUUCACACUCAGAUACAAGCACAACGCUCCCAGAGAUGGAGACAACAGCUAAGGGGGAAACAGGUAAUAUCCAACUGACAUUGUCCGAUAAUAAAAUUAAACCAAAUUUUGGGAAGUCUAAAGAUAAAUUAUCUGCUUUUAGCAGUGAAAUGGAAUGGUGCCAAUCUUCUGGCCAAAAAUCUCCUGGCCAAUAUGAACAUUUUAAUGUCACGACAGAAAAAUCAAGUUUGAGGGUUGAAAAAAAGAUCUCUAUAGACAGCAAAGGAACUUUCAGUGGUAAAAUGAAACUACCAACGUUGGAAUUAACAAGUCCUUCUGGCAAACUAGAGACUGGGGAGGACCACAAGGAAAUAAGUGGGAACCAAGGACUGGAUGUUUUUUUAAGGACAGAUGUGGGAGAUGAGACAAAGGCAAUCAUGGGCGAAAAGGCAUCUGCAGGUUUCACUGAAAGGUCUUCAAUUGAUGUGGUGUCAUCUCAUGCGAGGACAGAUCUGUUGGAUCGGGAUAGUUCUGAGUCUCCAAGCGGCUCUGGCAUUGAGUUGUUAUCAACACAGGCCUGUGUCUGGAGUGAGAUGGAGAGCAAAAGCACUGAAGACAGAGAGUUGACUUCACGAUUCAAGAUCCCAAAGUUCAGCCUUAAACCACACACAGGAUUCCUCCAGAUAACCCCAGAAGCCUCACAAAAGGCCCAGCUAAAGGGGGAGAUAGGAGGUGAGGCCGACGUCUCGGGAUCUUUCUGCCAACACAUGUCUGGGCUGGACUCUGCCGCGAUGACAGUGUCAACCGACCACCAGCAGUCCGCUACCACGGCGGGAACUAUAACCACUGUUACUAAGACCACCAGAAUCACUAAGCACAUGGUGACCACUGAAACACUGACAGGGCAAACUUCAAAAAGUACAACAACUAAGCAGAUGUUCAAGCAGGAAUAAUGGAGAUAAAGGAGGAGUUUUUUAAUGUUCUUUUUUUUUCUAUAGUGAGGUUGCAGUGUUUUUAUAGGCCAGGACUGAAAGAAGAGACAUUAUCCAUCUUCUUAGGAUAACAUAAAUGUGAAUGUGAUGGUAUUUCAUCAACCAGCAGUAUUGUUCUUAUUAUUGCAUCAAGUCAGAUAUAGAUAUACAUUUCCUAGGUUCUUUUUAAAUGUGUUUUUCUUACUGUUCUCUGAGUUUAGUUUAGGUUAGCACAAAUUGCCUGGGUUUGUUGGUUUUCUCUAAAGAUUUGACUGUAAGUGUAAACAUUAUUUAUUCUUUUGUGUGUGAUAUUACAAUGUGCUGGAAUAAUUAGUAAAUACUGAGUCAUUUUUGACUGACUCUUAAAGAACAUCACUGUAAAUAAAAAUAUAGUUCGG